CAACAGACAGCACGCACGAGCGAGGCCGCCGCACGCACGUGUAUAUUAUGUGGAUGGUCGCUGCGAAGCAUAAGAAGUGCGCGGGCCCGAUCGACUCCUACGACAGCCUCAAUGACGAGCACCUCAGGCCCCACUUCCACAAGAGCCUGGUCAGGCAACGAUUGGCCCGCGUCGGCUUGGUGCGGUGCCUCCGACACGACGGUAACCCUAACGUCGACGAUCCCGAUUCGCGUCGUUGCACCUGCUCCCUCUCCGGCUCUCGGGUAAGCCCGGACACCACGAGUACGACUAGUUCCGGGGACAGUGGAGUCGUCGUAGGCUCGAGAAAUGCGGACCUCACCUGCGCGACCUGCCGAGGUGGGUCCUCGACUUCUGUUGCUCCUCCUCCUAAGGCACUUAUCAGCGAGCCCGUGUCGCCUUACCUGCUUCCCGUGAACCCUUCGUCAAAACGCAAGCUCGUGAUGCCGCGACCUAGCCAGCCGGCAGCGGGUUCUCGAAGCACACUCCGGAGGGCGAGCAUAACACCAUCGACGCCGACCAGUUUCAGAGAAGAGUUGGGGAUCACAAAAAACCACUUUCCCAAGAAGUCAGACUGCAGGGUCUCGCUUCUGUUCCGAGGGUCCGGGUCGAGGAUCACCGAAGCGCACCAGUCGGUGAUCAGGGUCACUCAGCAGCACUGUGGAGGCACGUCUUUAACAGUCUUCGCCGGUCAGGUGACUCCGGGCGAGACGUUCACGUUCGCAUCCCGGAGGCACUGCGGCUACCCGUUCAGCAUUGUCAUCUUCCUCAACGACAUCAGAGACGUCCAGCUCAGCAGCUGUUGCGAGUACAGAUACAACGUGGGUACGAGACUGGGAGGCUCUCAAGGUCGCUUCUCACUUGCAAAGCUUGAAGGCGGAAACCCCUGCUACCGGUGCAUGCUUGAGAAGAGGCUUAAAGAACUGCCGACGGAGGAACACACACCAUUUCCUGGAAGUACGCCAAAGGAAUCAAGUGGCCUCAGCAGCCCCAUUACUAGUAGUUCUGAAACUGUGGACGGUUUUGAACAAAGUGUAGAUGACGGUGGUACGAACUCCGUUGUAUCUAGCGAAGAAGAGCACAGCAUCAGUGAUGACGAAAGGCGCAGCCCAAGUCAAGAAUCUAGCGAACCUACGCAAGACGAGAUUGCGGAUGCUGCCGAAAAAGAACUUUAUUCAAAUGAGACAAAUUAUAGCUCGGAAACAUUUGAUGCACAGUCUCAACUUCCUACUUCAGAGUCGGAAUAUGUUGGCGAACAAAUAGAAGGCGACGCUGCUUCCAGUAGUCAUGACUCGACGCAAGUAAGCAACGAAAGGCACGAGAGUGGCACCAUUUCUAACAGCUUUGAAUCUUAUAGUAGCACAGAUAACUCUGGCGACAAAUCUGCACACAGCGAAACAGGGUCACAUGUCGCGGAUGAAGUUGAUUACAACAUACGUCACAAUGUCGCUCAACCAUCAGUCUAUUUCGUGCAAGACAAAAAGAAGCAGUGGGGUUCCGACGAAUGUCGUGGUGAAAGCUUUUCCUCGGAUGAUGACGCUCAGACCGUUACACUCACUGUUAAAGCAGAAGUGCACUCUACCCAAUAAAUAUACCUCAGGUUGUGUUUAUGUA